AUGUCGGUCACAGCAGGAGUUAGCGAUGCUGCACUUGCGGCUAGGGCAAAACUACAAGGUGGGAUUGGUCAGACUAGAGUGCGAAGAUAUUGGCCUGGAAAAGCUCCCAAUUGGGCCAAUAAUGAAGCUGAAGAAGAUCAUGAUGAUCAUGUUGGGAGGCACAAGAUAAAGAAGGUUGAUGAUUUGGAGAGGAGUAAAGAUGAUGAUCCAAGGCUGCGGCGUUUAGGUCAGACGACCAGAACUGAGAACCGUGAACAAGUUAGAGCUGAUCAUCGGCGAGUUAGACAGGCGGCUGAGGUUGUAUCUACACAAGAAGAAGAAGAGUUGAGGAAGCAAGAGGCUAAAGAAGAGGAAGAAGAUGUAGAUGCCUUGGAAGAAAGAAGAAGGAGAAUCCGAGAAAAGAAUCUUAAAAGAGCUAGAGAGGAGGCUGAUCUACUCCCUCUAGAAGAUGAAGAAGAAGAAGAGGUGAAAGAGGAAGAGGAAGAGUCUGAGUACGAAACUGAUUCAGAAGACGAGAUGUUUGGUAUCAACAUGAUGAAGCCGAUCUUUGUAAAGAAGGCUGAGAGGGAUACAAUAGCAGAACGUGAGAAGAUGGAGGCUAAAGAAGAAGCUCUUGAGAAACUAGCAAAGAAGAAACUGGAGAUGAGGAAGAUAGAGACAAAGCAAAUAGUUGUUGAAGAAGUAAGGAAAGACGAAGAGAGACGCAAGAACAUUGUACAAGAAGAAGCAAAUCUUGGAGAUGUAGAUACUGAUGAUGAAACCAAUGAAGCUGAAGAGUACGAAGCUUGGAAGACAAGGGAACUUGCUAGGAUCAAGGGAGACAAAGAUGCAAGAGGAGCUAUGUUGAGAGAGAAGGAAGAAGUAGACAAGUUGAGAAACAUGACAGAGCAGGAGAGGAAAGAAUGGGAGAGUAACAAUCCGAAGACUUCAUCAUCAUCAUCAGUCAAACCGAAAAAGAAGUGGAAGUUUAUGCAAAGAUACUACCACAAGGGUGCCUACUUCCAAGAGCCAGGAUCUAAUGAAACCAAUGGUUUAUUUCAGCGAGACUACUCUGCUCCAACAGGGGUAGAUAAGCUGGACAAGUCGGUUCUACGGGAAGUCAUGCAGGUGAAGCACUUUGGUCGCAGUGGAGGAACUAAAUGGACUCACCUUGCUAAAGAGGAUACAACAUAUGGUGGCAAAAACAAGAAAGAUGACGAGGAUAAAACAAAAGAUUGGAGUGACCCCUGGGUUUCUAAUGCUUUUCUGCGCCAAAAGUACAACAAGAGAAGGGCAGCCAUGGAUGCUCCUAUUGAACGACCAAGGGGUAGCAAGAAGAUGAAGGCUUGGUGA